GCGUCAGUAGCAGGCAGCAGCAGGAGGGGCGGCAGCAGCAGGGGUGGAAGCAGCAGUCAGGCGAGGGAGCAUGGAAGAAUCAAGGUAAAAUCCAUGCUGUGAUGGAAGAAAUUGUGUGGAUUGAAAUCGGUUUGUAGGACGAAUUAGAUAUAGCAUGUAGACAGAUUUAGCUAACUUUAUAUUUCGAUGUUGUGAUUUGUAGGUUAAAUCACAAAGAUAUGCAAUUGGUUGUUAGAGUUCGGUCUUUUUUCAGCUUGCCUGAUUGGGGGCCCAAGUCAUGGCAGCGGGGUAAAACCUUGCCAACACAAAUUGUUGACACACAUAGCUAUGGGAUGUUGCAGUUAGUUGAUUUCAUUGUUGAACACUACAUGUGGGGUUCAAAGCAAUAUAUAUCUUUGUAGCGUGAGUCUGAGAGUGACUCUAUUGAGAUAAAAUCUGAUGAGCAGUUGUUUGAGUGGUUUGAACUCAAUAUAGACAAAGGAAUAGUUCACAUUGUUGCUCAGAUAAAUGAUUUUGAGGGCCUAUUGCAGUGUUCACCAAUGAAAUAUAGGUGUCACCCUUCCGUAAGAAAUAGAGUACCCACAAUUGAGAGCUACAAAUAUGAGAGGCAAAUCCACAUCCAAAAAGAAGACAACCACAUAUGAGAUUGUAGGUGUUGAUGAGGAGGGCAUGUACUCUGACACAGAUUCAUUUGUCAACAAGUGAUAGCAGCUAUGACACAAAUUUGGCUGCAUCUUCUGACUCUAAUAGUCUAAUGAUGAAGGCUCUGACCCUGAGUUUGACCCUGAUGGUGAAAUAGUUGAUGUGGAUGAUGAGUUUCACCCUCCCCCGUUUUCAUAUGAUGUUGAUGCUCCAAGUAUUGAUGUUGAUGAAGUCUUUCCGAAUGUUGAUCAGUGCAAAUUAUAUGCGGUUACACACCAUACUAUAUUGAAUGAUCAUGCUUUUGAGAUUGUCAAAAUGGACAAGACCAGAUUUAGAGCAAUCUGCAAGACUGCUGCUAGUGGUUGCAAUUGGAAGUUUGUUGCAUCUACAAGCAAGAAGUAUAUUGGCUGCAAGGUUAAGACAAGUGGUUCAAACCAUACUUGUGGUUCAGUCAACAAUUGUGGCGGAACAAUGGCCACAAAUAAAUGGGUUGCUGAUAGAGUGGUGGAUUUGUUGAGAGAUAAUCUUGAAAUGGGCCCAAGGGAGUUGCAAGAAAGGCUCAAUAAGAAGUACUCUAUGAAAAUACCUUAUUAUAGAGUUGUCAGAGGCAAGAAUAGAGCACUAGACAUGAUAUAUGGAAAGUGGGCUGAUAGUUAUGACUUGCUACCAACAUAUCAAGCUAAGUUGUUGAGAUCAAUACCUGACAGCAUUAUUGAGCUAGACACUGAGGAGCACAAUGGUCAAGUGUGCUUCAUGAGCUUCUUUGUGGCUCUUAAACCAUGCAUUGAUGGAUUUUUGCAAGGAUGCAGAUCCUACAUUGCCAUGGAUGCUACUCACUUGACAGGAAGGUCAAGAGGCCAGUUGGCUGCAGCUGUGGCAGUUGAUGGCCAUAAUUGGCUUUUUCUAGUGGCAUAUGGAGUGAUUGAGACCGAGUCCAAGGAAAGCUAGACUUGGUUCAUCAAUAACUUAAAGAAAGCAAUUGGUACUCCUACAGGUUUGGUCAUUAGUACUGAUGCGGGCAAAAGAAUAGAGGGAGCUGUAGAUGAUGUGUACCCAGGAGUGGAACAUAGAGAGUGUAUGAGGCACUUGUGGAAGAACAUGAAGAAGAAUGAAUUCACUAGUGAGUUUUAUGGUAAGAAUAUGUGGUGUGCUGCCAAGAGCUUUACAAUUGACAAGUUCAACUAUUACAUGGGGAAGAUAGAGGAGAAGGAUCCUAGUGCACUUUCAUGGUUGGAUGACAAUCAUCCAUAUGUGUGGAGUAGAAGCAAAUUCAGCGAAGAAUUCAAGGUAGAUUACAUCAAUAACAACUAUCUGAAUGUUUCAAUAGUUGGGUGUCCAAAACUAAAGAUUAUCAGAUUGUGGAUGUGCAUGAUAGGAUAAAACAAAUGAUCAUCGAGAAAUUUGUUUUGAGAGUGAAGAUUGGUAGAAACAUGCUAGGAAUAAUCAUCCCAUCUAUUACCAAAAACUCUCGAUGUGAAAUCCAAGUCAAUCAAGGACCAUGAGGUACUUAUAUGUGGGGCUGGGACAGCUAAAGUAACUGUGAACAGAUUUAGGCAUGCUAUCAACUUGGAGCAAAAAAUAUGUACUUGUAGAGCUUGGCAAGUAACUGGAAAGCCUUGCAGCCAUGCAUUAGCUUUCAUUGCAAAGCUUAGUAGGAAGGUACAAAUGGAUGAGUUUGUCCAUGAAUAUUUCUCUGUUGAUAGGUUCAGAAAGACAUAUGCAUGUACUUUCAAUCCAAUGACAUCCAAAGACAGCUAGCCACAUGUUGAUUUAGGUUAUAAAAUCACCAAGCCCAAGUUGAAAAGGAAACCUGGGAGACCAAGAAAAUCUAGGAUCAAGGCAUAUGAUGAGGUUGGCACAAGUAAGAAAAGGAAGACAUGUUCAGAGUGCCAUGAGCUAGGCCAUACAGCUAAGCAUUGCCUAGGAGGUCUCACUGCUAGUCAAAAGAGAAAACUCUCAUCUUCACAAAAUGGACCAGGAGAGGGGAGUACUGACCCAAGUGCAUCGCAAACAUCAAAGUGAGUGAUGGAUGUCCACAAAUAUUUUUUUGCAUAUUAAGAUCCUUUAUUCUUUGCUUUACUAUCAACUUGUCCACUAACACAAUUUUACUACCUUCAAGUGCAAGUGCAAGUGCUGCAAGAG